CUCCUGUUCGACACAGUGGAGACCAUGGGAAAAGACUAUUUAUCAUCAAACCUUCUGGAUUCUAUGACAGGCGUUUUUUGCGUUUAGUGAAAUUCUACAUUUUGUUGACCGGGGUUCCAGUAGCAAUUGGUAUUACUCUGGUGAAUGUCUUCGUUGGUGAAGCGGAGUUGGCAGAGAUCCCCGAGGGUUACAUCCCCGAACACUGGGAGUAUUACAAGCACCCUAUAACGAGGUGGAUCGCCCGUACUUUCUUUGAUGGUCCCGAGAAGAAUUACGAGAGGACGAUGGCGGUCCUUCAGAUUGAAGCGGAGAAGGCUGAUUUACGGUUGAAGGAGCUGGAGGUGCGGAGGCUAAUGCGUGAGAGGGGAGACGGGCCCUGGUACCAGUACCCGACCAUCGACAAAGCGCUGGUGGACCAUUCUCCGAAGGCGGCUCCUGACAGCUAGCCCCACCGCGCCAGGCGCAGAGGCCGCUCUGCAGUGGAGAUGGGCGAGUGGAUGCUCUGUGUGCUCUCCGAGGAAUAAAAGCUGUCCGCGGCCGCUC